GGUUCGGAUGAAAUGGGAUGGAUGCCCUGAAUGGCAGCGACGCGGCAGGGAAUUAUUCUGACGAGGAACAACAGCAAGAAAAUGAAGUAUUUGGAAUUUUCCCGGUUGUCAUGCACAACGCAACUCUCAUGUUCAACAAAACGAAUCGUUCUUGGACUGAUCUGUUCAAUAUCCUGGAUCUGGAUAAAGCCGAGUUUGUGACUGAUGGAUCUGCAAUCCUGAGAAUAGUCAUAUCUAUAACUUACUCGGUUGUCUGUGCUCUGGGUCUCAUUGGAAACAUCCUUGUCCUGCAUCUAAUGAAAUCGAAACAAGUGUGGAAGAAAUCGCCCAUCAACUUGUUUGUCACCAGCCUAGCGGUGACGGACUUCCAGUUUGUCCUGACCUUGCCGUUUUGGGCUGUGGAGAACGCUUUGGAUUUCACCUGGCUGUUUGGCAAAGCCAUGUGCAAAAUAGUCUCUUACGUGACCGCCAUGAACAUGUACGCCAGUGUGUUCUUCCUCACGGCGAUGAGUGUGGCGCGGUACUGGUCCGUCGCGUCUGCGCUGAAGAGCAAGAGACGCCGGCACUGCUGCUCCGCUAAGCGGAUAAGUGCGCUCAUCUGGGUGGCCGCUAUCGCAGCCGCGCUGCCCCACGCCGUGUUCUCCACCACGGCCACGGUGUCAAACGAAGAGCUGUGCCUGGUGAAGUUCCCAGACAAGACCGUCGAUGCGCAGUUUUGGCUGGGGCUUUACCACGCGCAGAAAGUGCUGCUGGGGUUCGUCAUCCCGCUGGCGAUCAUCUCGGUGUGCUACCUGCUCCUCCUGCGAUUCAUCACAAACAAAAACAUCAACACGUCCAGCGCAAAAAGACGCUCCAAAGUUACGAAAUCAGUAACUAUCGUGGUUCUGUCCUUUUUCCUGUGCUGGCUGCCGAACCAGGCGCUGACAGCGUGGGGGAUACUGAUUAAACUCAACGUGGUACAUUUCAGCUCCGAAUAUUACACAACUCAGGCGUACAUCUUCCCGGUGUCCGUGUGUUUGGCGCACUCCAACAGCUGCCUGAACCCCAUACUGUACUGCUUAAUGAGGAAAGAGUUUAGAAAGGCACUGAAAAAACUCUUCUGGAAAAUCACCUCGCCCUCUGUCACAAACAUGCGACCCUUUACGGCUUCGACUAAGCCGGAACAGGACGAGCAGGGGAACCCGCUGGUUCAGCUCAGCCCCGCGGAGCCGGGACUGGUGUUCUACCCCCCGGGGGUCGUUAUGUAUCACGGCAGAAACGAUCUUCUCCCGAACAGCACGUAAAAUAGAGAACAAAAUAUGGUUAGGCUAUGUUUCUCUCCCAUUAAGGAAUAGUCAUUCCAUCACGUAUCGUACUUGUAUUCCGAUUCUGAAUACAGGUGAGAAAGACAGCUGAAACGUAUGGGCAAACGUCCCUCUCGCUCUCGAGAAUUAUGAACAUACAGUAAAUUACGAGGUGACAAAGGGUAUGCUUCCAAUCAAUGUCAUGACUUUAAGAAUGCCAGAACUGUAUAGGCUUUUCUUUGGCUUGUUUUUAGUGUAAACUGUUUAAUUUUGAUUGAUUUUUAAAAAAAUAGAUAUAAACCGUUUCGACGGGUAAAAAGUUUGCUAAAUAUGUUGAUGAUAUUAUUCAAAGUCCAUGCGUAUGGCUCGUGCACUGUUGCGUUUAAACGUGUGAAAGUCUGUGAAAAAUAAAGAUGUAUUCUCUGUCCUUCCA